AUGCCACUUGAUGAGCUUUGCUGCCAUAGUGUAAUAUUUAAUGGAAACAUAUUGAUAUCAGGAUCACUAAAUUCAUAUAUUUGGUUGUAUUCUAUUGAUACUGACUCUUUCUCAGUAAUUCCUUAUGAGUUUGACUAUUAUAAAAUAAAGAUAUUAAUUAAUGCAGGAAGGCUAUAUUUGAUUGAAGACUCUUUAGGAAAGAUCUAUGAAAGUGAAGACGAGUAUGCUUGAAAUCAAAUAGCAAACUCAGUAAUUGGCAAGGAUUCGGACUGAAUUUAUUGCACAUAUAAUAAAGGGUGAAUAUAUAUUCUUUUACCCUAUUAUAUAAUGUCUGCACAUUUUUAGCGCGCUUUGUAGUAAGCUACUUCUCUGAAUUGGAGCUCUGGCAAGCUACUUAAUGAUGACAGUACAAAAUCUACUGAAAGUUGGCAUAUAAUGGUUGAGUUGUAUUGCCAUCUUUGGUGGUUUGUCAGAAAUUCAAAUUAGGAAAGGGAAGUUUGCAUUAAAGCGAUUUAAAAGCGUUCAGAGGCUAUAGCGGACGGUGAAAAUAUAUUUAAAUCAGCUGAGCCAUGUAAGCACAUUGUCAAUUUCUAUUUUACAGGAACUUAAACUAAAUAUUGUUCAAAUUUAUAUGGUUAAUUUCCCAAAAAAUGAAAUUUUACCGAUAUGUGCUCUUAUUUUAAAUUAAGAAAUUAAGAUCUCUUAUAUGGCUAUUUGCUAAUAAUUUAACGUGCUUUCAUUGCCCAUUUCAAGAUAAAUUCAUUCUAUGCUAUUAAAAGAUAUUAAUUAUAGUGCUUGCUAUAUAAAAAAUAAUAUCAGCUAUUCCAAAUUUAAUUUGAAUGAAAAAUUCAUGAUUAACUUACUUUAA